UUAAGUUUUUCCGUUUGUCGCAUUGCAUUCGUUUGAAAUUUUCAAACAAAAUCAAAUCUUUUGAAACAUUGGUGUCUCAGAAGCGCCCAACAUGGAAAGUCGAUUAAAUCGCUAUGAAAAGAUAGAUUUUUUGGGCGAAGGUCAGUUUGCCACAGUCUACAAGGCCCGGGAUAUCGAAACGAACGAGAUUGUCGCGGUGAAGAAAAUCAAGAUCGGCAAUCGGGAGGAAGCGGCGGAUGGAAUCAAUCGAACUGCAUUGAGGGAAAUCAAAUUGUUGCAUGAGUUGCACCACGAGAACAUUAUCGGUCUGAUGGAUGUAUUCGGUCACAAGAGUAACGUUUCCCUGGUGUUUGAUUUUAUGGAUACAGAUUUGGAGAUUAUUAUUAAGGAUCCGAAGAUUCUGUUGACUCCGGCGAACAUCAAGAGUUACAUGAUUCAGACACUGAGAGGACUGGAGUAUCUUCACAUGCACUGGAUUUUGCACCGGGAUCUGAAACCAAACAAUUUGCUACUCAGCGGAAGUGGUGUCCUGAAGAUUGGUGAUUUUGGUCUGGCAAAAUUCUACGGAUCUCCGAAUCGGUUGAACACCAACCAGGUAGUGACACGUUGGUACCGUAGCCCGGAGCUUCUAUUCGGUGCCCGUCAGUACGCGACCGGUGUUGACAUAUGGGCAGUUGGUUGCAUUCUAGCUGAACUGUUGCUUCGUGUGCCGUUUCUACCGGGUGAAAGUGAUCUGGAUCAACUGACGCGCAUUUUCAAAGUUAUGGGAACACCGACCGAGGAAAAUUGGCCUGACGUUAAAGCGCUGCCGGAUUACGUACAGUACAAGUUUGUUCCGCCCAUUCCGCUGCGGGAUAUCUUCACGGCAGCCGCUGACGAUCUGAUCGAGCUAAUUAAUAAGAUGCUGGCGCUGUACCCUCCGAGCCGAUGCAGCUGUUCGGAGGCACUGAUGAUGCCUUACUUUUCGAACAAACCGGCUCCCUCGCUGGGAAGUAAACUGCCAAUGCCGGCUAGUUACUACGCGGGAAGUAAGGAGGAGGAUAAACAACCGGCGCUAAAGCGAAAAUUGCCGGAUAGUGUUGAUGGGGGCACGCUGCCCAAGCGGUUGCAGUUUUGAUGCGGAUAGCGGGUAUUUUUGUAUUGUAGGCUUAAAGUUUAAUGGAAAUAACUUAUUGUUUGCGAUUCUUCAAACAAGUGAGGAAUAUUUUGCCGAAAACGGGAUUUUCAAUAGUUGUUGAUACAAUAUAUAUUU